AUGUCCCACGAAGCAGCUCUUACGUCCUCCGCCGCGCAAGCAAUUGCUCCCGACCUCUUCCCACUCCGCACACCUCCCACGCCAUCUCAAAUCGAAGCGGGCAUUAACGCAUGUCUCGAAGUACAGCGUCGUGCCGUCACGCAAGGAAAACGUCCUUUUGCUGCUGUUCUCCUAGGACCCGAUAACGAAACUGUGCUCCUUUCACAUCAAAGCAUCGAUCAAGUAAAUCAUGCCGAGAGCUCAUUGGCACGACUAGCCUAUUCGCAUUAUAAGAAAGAAUAUCUGUGGAGAUGUACGUUGAUAAGUACCUGGGAGCCUUGUGCUAUGUGUUCUGCGACGAUUUAUUGGGCACAUAUUGGACGAAUUGUAUAUGCGGCGACGAAUGAACAAUUGGCAGGUCUGACGGGACCCGGGAAUAGAGAGAAUUUUACCUUGAAGUGGCAUACGAGGGAUAUUUUGGAGGGUCAACAGAAGGAUAUUGAGAUUAUUGGACCGGUGGAGGGGAUGGAUAAGGUGGUUGUGGAGGAGAGCGAUAGGUAUUGGAGUACAACUAGAGUUCAUACGUGA